GUACAGGCCAACUCUCCAUUUCAUUCCGACAACCCGUCUAUCGCAUUUUUCUUCCCUCCCCUCUCUUCCUCUCACUCUCUCUCUCCCCCUCUCCCUCAUUGUUAUUCUCAUUUAUUUGUUUUUUCUUUCUUCUUGGGGGUUUCUGGUCGAUAUAGUUUCCCUAUCUACCUCUCCUUUUAUCUCCCCACACUCUAAAACCUCUGUUAUUUGUUUGUCACAACCAGGCACUCAUCUCCCGAUUGUCACCGCACCGGGACACACUCGCUAUCUACGGACCUCUACGUUCUACUCCCAGAUAUGACUACAGCUUAACUCGAAAGCCAACCCUUUUUUUCUGUUUCUUUUUUUUACCCCUCCCCUUUUCCUCCCUGUAUUUUUUUAAAGCUUCAAUUCAUCUCUACUUCCCAUUUCCUCACCCGUGUCCUCGGAGGAACCGCCCUAGCCAGUUUGAUAUCCACCACGUUCUUUAAACAUGACAGAACCGGAGAUCGCGUCCAGUUCUGGUGCUCAAAUCUCCGCUGAUCUGCGGCGCCGAAAUGUUCCACGCACAGAGAGACCGAGCCCAGUGUCGGAUGUCACCAGAACAGACGAUAAGGAGACAAAAUCACAUGUAUGACGGCCUUUUGGGUGUGCCCUUGCCCCUUGACUUCCUGCUGUACUAAUAUAUACGGAUCUACACCUUAGGGUGACUCUUUCUACUCUGUGUUGGAUCGCUGGGAGCCUUUGAUCGUACCCCUCUUCUUGACUGCUUUGUCAAUCUUCACCCGCAUGUAUCGCAUUGGUCGGUCGAAUAUUGUUACCUGGGAUGAAGCGCACUUCGGCAAGUUCGGCUCGCACUAUCUCAAGCGCGAGUUCUAUUUCGACGUCCACCCUCCACUGGGGAAAAUGCUAGUCGGUCUAUCAGGACUUCUCGCCGGCUACAACGGAUCUUUCGAGUUCAAAUCUGGCGAAAAAUACCCAGAAGAUGUUAACUAUACAUUCAUGCGUGUUUUCAAUGCUGCUUUUGGCGUAGUAUGUGUGCCACUUGCAUACUACACUGCUCGAGAGCUAGGAUUUCGCCGGGCCACCGUUUGGCUAAUCAGCUUGAUGGUGCUAUUCGAGAAUUCAUAUGCGACCAUCUCUAGGUUUAUACUGUUGGACUCUAUGCUUCUCUGCUUCACGUUUACUACCACAAUGUGCUGGGCAAAAUUCCACAAGUUACAGCAUGCCAGCUUUUCGAUUGAGUGGUUCAUCUGGCUUGCUUUGACCGGGGUAAGCAUUGGCUGUGUCUGCAGCGUGAAAUGGGUUGGUCUUUUCUGCACUUCGAUUGUGGGUCUCUACACGAUCGAGGAUCUGUGGAACAAGUUUGGUGAUCUUAGAAUGCCCGAGACUGUGCUUGCAAAGCACCUUGUGGCUCGCAUCAUUGGACUGAUCGUCAUCCCGGCUCUGGUGUACGUAUUUUCCUUUUAUGUGCAUUUCUUGAUUCUGGAAAACAGCGGGCCCGGUGACGCCCAAAUGAGUUCCUUGUUCCAAGCGAACCUCAAGGGCACCGAGGUUGGUAAGGACAGCCCACUUGAGAUCGCCCUUGGCUCAAGAGUCACGCUUAAGAACAUGGGCUAUGGCGGUGGACUCCUCCAUUCACAUGUUCAGACAUAUCCGGAGGGUUCAGCCCAACAGCAAGUUACCUGCUAUCACCACAAGGAUGCCAAUAAUGAUUGGUUCAUCUAUCCCAACCGUCAUGAAGCGGAUUAUGACCCUAACUCCGCCCUACGAUUCAUUGGCGACGGCGACCAUAUCCGACUCAUCCAUGGACAGACUGGCCGAAACCUACACUCCCACGCUAUUCCUGCCCCGAUAACCAAGUCCCAACAUGAAGUCUCUUGCUAUGGCAAUAUAACUAUAGGCGAUGACAAGGAUCAUUGGGCAGUCGAGGUUGUUGACGAUGUAGCCUCAAAGGACAGAAGCAGGAUUCGGACACUUACAACCGCGUUCCGCUUGCGACACCCUGUCCUAGGUUGCUAUUUGCGUGCCGGCAAUGUGAAUCUACCGCAAUGGGGCUUCAAGCAGAUUGAAACAACAUGUGUUAAGGAAAACAAGCCUAGUGAUGUUUACACUCACUGGAAUGUUGAAUCUCACUUCAACGAGCGGCUGCCCCCUGGUGACCCAGGCUCCUACAAAUCCCCCUUCCUGAAGGAUUUUAUUCAUUUAAACGUCGCCAUGAUGACCUCAAACAAUGCCUUGGUUCCUGAUCCGGAUAAACAGGAUGAUCUUGCCUCCAAGUUUUGGCAGUGGCCCAUACUCAAUGUCGGCCUCCGCAUGUGUUCUUGGGACGACAAUACCAUCAAGUACUAUCUUCUUGGUAAUCCGUUCAUCUACUGGGGCAGUACCCUCAGUCUUGGGGUCUUCGGGCUCUUGAUCAUUUGGUACCUGGUGCGUUGGCAACGAGGUUAUAAUGAACUCACCCAGGCGGAUAUCAACCAUAUCCACUACUCCGGUCUCUAUCCGGUCAUUGGAUGGGUUCUCCACUAUUUGCCUUUUGUUAUCAUGGCCCGAGUCACCUAUGUCCACCACUAUUACCCAGCUCUGUACUACGCCAUUCUUACUUUUGGGUUCUGUGUCGACUGGCUCACCCAAAAGAUGGACAGCAAAAUCUCUGGGAUGAUAUAUGCCUGCUUGUACGCCAUAAUUGUUGCGAUGUUUGUCUACUUCAGGGUGAUUGUGUUUGGCAUCGAAGGGCCCAGUCAGGAUUGGGGUCAUCUGAACUGGCUUAGUGGAUGGCGCAUCGCAAACUAAGGCCUCUUUGUUAUUCAAGGUUUCAUGAGCCUCAGAAUGUGGUUUUGUUGUCGCCCCAACCUUACCAUUUUACCUCUAUAUUUGUCCGAUAUUAUCUUGCCCAUCUGACAAACAGGUAACGCCACUGGUACCUGUUGUUCUGCGAUUGAACAUGCGAGCCCACAAUCUCAUUUGUAGUCUAACCGUGUGUGGUGAUAUGCUCCAGAUGGAUUGGAUGUCGUUGAAAUAGAAAUUAACUGGCCCACUUCUGAUGAUCUGUUAGAUGACAUUGUCCAAGCGUCAGAUAUCGUGUUGAAAUUUAUUACUGUGUAAAGAGCCACGCCCUCCAAUCCUGCGCAUCCAUCAAUAUCCUGCCCCUAAGAGCAGCAGCUUCCAGUCCAACCAUUCCCGCCUCUGCGCAUUGCGUCAUUCAGACCUAGAGUGACGGUUUUUGGUGGUCCAUUACUUGUCCCGCCUGUGGCACCAAAGCCUUUAACACCGCUUCGACGAUCAUUCAAGUCAUACUUGCCCCCCUCGAUGUUUUGAUGUAUUCGCUCAGCGACCUCGAGGAAUGCAUGCUCGACCCCUUCCCCAGAUUUCGCGCUUGUCUCCACGUAGCGUACAACAUUAUUCUGACGACACCAUUCUUCCGCCUCCUGUCGAGUGACACGUCGCUGGUUUUGGAUCGAGCCAUCUCCUGAAAGAUCGCUCUUGUUCCCAACUAAGAUGACAACGAUCUCUUCCUCGGCGAUUUGCCGUAAAUCUUGGAGCCACUGAGUACACGAGAUAAAUGAUGACGGUCGGGUAAUAUCAAAGACGAGAAGCGCACCGGAGGCACCGCGGAAAUAAGAGCGCGUGAUUGAUUUGUAUGUUUCCUGUCCAGCUGUAUCCCACAAGGAAAGCUUCAUUCGUUUUUGAUCUGCCUGGGUCUUCCGAGGAGGGCUGGGGAGACCAGAAACCAUGGGCUCCUGGUUGCCCCCCUGUGCCACCAACUCAGGCGACGAAGUAGUUUGAUUGGAAACGCAGUCGCCUCGCUCUUUCUCGAGGUAUCUGGAGGCAGGCGGCCCAACCGGGACGAUGCGUGAGCCGAAUUCCACUCCAAUGGUCACAUCGUGAGAUGAAGAGAACCGCCCUUCACAUAGCCGAAUCGUCAACUGAGAGGAUUUGCGAGGAUCAGCGUCUGGAGUCGACGAACGUAUCUCAAUCGCUGGGGCUACCCACACUAGACUUGCCAGUCCCAGAAUCACCGAUGCAGACAAGCUUAGCGAUGUAAUCCCAUGGCUGUGACAUGGAUACAGAGUCUCUGAGGUAUUAGGUCUGACUUCAGCUUAUUGAUGCCCGUGGACUCAUAUUCUGGAAUUGUCCGUGGAGACAAGGUCGAUGAAUAGACUGACUUUAACUAAAUCGCUAGAUAAACAACCAUGUGGACGAGGA